AUUCUUAUAUGGUUAUAAAUUAAAAUUGACAUGAUCACGAUCUCUUUGUUUCAUUCUGCUACACUCCUCAGUUGACGGAAAAAUAUACCUUCUCCUUCUUCACCGGAGAAUUUCAUCGACGCGAAGCCUAAAUCAAUAGAGCUUGAGCCCCUGAAUUUUGUAACGAACAAACUGCAAUUUUGUUUGCUCGUGAAUGGAUAAAGAGGAAGUUGAUAUAGAGGAUGCCGCGGCGGCCAAUUCCGAGAACCACGAUGGCCGGGCUGAGGAUUAUGAUGACGCCGCCGCGGGGACUAUCCGAGAACCGCUGCUUCAUUACAAUAACAGAGUCAACAACACCUCGCAGAUUGCCAUCAUCGGAGCCAACACAUGCCCAAUCGAAAGUCUCGAUUACGAGAUUCUUGAAAACGACUUAAUUAAGCAGGAUUGGAGGUCAAGGAAGAAGGUUCAGAUAUUCCAAUACAUAUUUCUCAAAUGGACAUUUGCAUUUCUCAUUGGAUUACUUACAGGGCUUGUUGCUUUUUUCAAUAACCUCGCAGUCGAGAAUAUUGCUGGGUUCAAACUUGUACUUAGCAAUGACUUAAUGCUCAAGGGAAAGUAUUUUCGGGCUUUUGCUGCAUUGUCCGGUUGCAAUCUUGUUCUAGCUGUUUGUGCUGCAUCCCUGUGCGCGUUCAUUUCACCUGCUGCUGCUGGAUCUGGUAUUCCUGAAGUUAAAGCAUAUCUCAAUGGUGUUGAUGCUCAUUCUAUUUUGGCUCCUAGCACCCUUCUUGUAAAGAUUUUUGGUUCCAUCUUUGGUGUUGCUGCUGGAUUUGUCGUGGGAAAGGAAGGGCCCAUGGUUCAUACGGGUGCUUGCAUUGCAAACUUACUUGGACAGGGAGGUUCUCGCAAGUAUCAUUUGACCUGGAAAUGGCUAAGGCUCUUCAAAAACGACAGGGACCGCAGGGAUUUGAUCACAUGUGGAGCAGCUGCUGGUGUGGCAGGUGCCUUCCGUGCCCCAGUUGGAGGUGUCCUUUUUGCCCUAGAAGAAGCUGCCUCGUGGUGGCGGAGUGCACUUCUAUGGAGGACAUUUUUCACAACUGCUGUAGUGGCUGUGGUCCUGAGAUCCUUUAUGCAAUUUUGCCGGUCUGGGAAGUGUGGACUAUUUGGUCAAGGGGGUCUAAUCAUGUUUGAUACUAGUUCAACAGUGCCUAAUUAUAACACCACAGAUCUUCUGGCAGUUAUAUUAAUUGGAGUCCUGGGUGGUCUUUUAGGGAGCUUAUACAACUAUCUUGUGGACAAGGUUCUUCGAGUAUACAGCAUCAUCAAUGAAAAAGGUCCAGGUUUCAAGAUAUUGCUUGUCAUGACAAUUUCCAUCCUGACUUCUUGUUGUUCCUUUGGAAUCCCUUGGUUGGCAAAGUGCAGACCUUGUCCUCCAGGGUCAGAGGGUGUCUGUCCUACCAAAGGUCAAACAGGGAACUACAAGAAUUUCCAGUGUCCACCUGGGCAGUACAAUAACCUUGCUUCCCUCUUUCUAAAUACCAACGACGAUGCCAUACGCAAUUUGUUCAGCCCACGUGAUGGGGAUGAGUUUUUCAUCUCAACUCUUUUUAUCUUUUUUGCCGUAGUUUACUUCCUAGGGAUUGUCACUUAUGGAAUUGCCAUUCCGUCCGGACUAUUCAUUCCUGUCAUCCUAGCUGGCGCCUCAUAUGGCCGAAUCGUUGGGACCUUUUUGAGCUCUGUCUCCAAUUUAGGCACCAGUCUCUUUGCACUUCUCGGUUCCGCCUCCUUUCUCGGUGGGACCAUGAGGAUGACAGUGUCACUCUGCGUCAUUCUCCUUGAACUCACUAAUGAUCUCUUAAUGCUCCCCUUAAUGAUGCUAGUUCUGCUCAUAUCAAAAACAGUGGCUGAUUGUUUUAACAAAGGGGUGUAUGACCAAAUUGUGACGAUGAAGGGCUUGCCUUUCAUGGAAGCUCACGCGGAACCAUACAUGAAACAUUUGGUUGCUGGAGAUGUUUGCUCCGGACCGUUAAUGACCUUUUCCGGUGUCGAAAAAGUGGGAAACAUCUUACAUGCUUUGACAUUAACCAAGCACAACGGUUUUCCGGUGAUUGACGAGCCGCCGUUCUCAGAAACACCAGAACUAUGUGGGCUUGUUCUUAGAUCACAUCUGCUGGUUCUGUUAAACGGGAAGAAGUUCUCCAAACAGCAGGUUUUGAUGGGGUCGCAGAUUUUGAAGAGGUUUCAUGUGUUUGAUUAUGCAAAGCCGGGUUUAGGGAAGGGACUCAAAGUUGAGGACUUAGAUAUUGCAGAGGAGGAGUUGGAGAUGUAUGUUGAUCUUCAUCCCAUUACGAAUACAUCUCCGUAUACUGUGGUAGAAACAAUGUCUUUGGCCAAAGCCGCAAUUCUCUUCAGGGAACUCGGUCUGCGACACUUGUGUGUUGUCCCAAAGCGACUUGGGAGACCACCAAUUGUUGGAAUCUUGACUCGUCAUGAUUUCAUGCCGGAGCAUAUAUUGGGACUCUACCCUCACAUGGAUCCACACUAAUCGGCAAUCGCUCCCCGGAUAAGAUGAGUCUCUGCAUUAGCAAAGAACCAGUUGUCAUUCUUAAGCAUGAUUCUUCUAUAAAUUCAGCAAUAUGAUCACAACUUAACUAUGUAUCAUUUUUCGGGUAUUUAUUUAUUUAUUAAUAAAAUUGUGUUUGUGUAACCACAUUGCGUUACAUCUAACAUAAUAUAACGUCUGGAAAUAGAAUCCAGUCAAUCCUUAGCACUUUAUUCUGACGAUAUGUAAUGUAAAAAGAAGGUAUGCUACUCCAUAACUCAAUGAGAAAUCCAAAGAGGGUGAACACUGAACAUGCUG